UGUGUGUGUAUGUGUGCGAGUGUGUGUGUGUGUGUGUGUCCGUGUGUGAGUGAGUGAGCGGGCGGGCGGGCGCGAGUGUGGCCGCCGCGGAGCGCGAGCAGGACCCGGCGGGCGCGCUCCCCCAGCCUCUCUCUCCCCGCCAGAACCAUGUCGGGCAGGUCGGUUCGAGCCGAGACCAGGAGCCGGGCCAAAGAUGAUAUCAAGAGGGUCAUGGCGGCUAUCGAGAAAGUGCGCAAAUGGGAGAAGAAGUGGGUAACUGUGGGCGACACAUCCCUGCGAAUCUACAAGUGGGUCCCCGUGACGGAGCCAAAGGUUGACGAUAAAAACAAGAACAAGAAGAAGGGCAAAGACGAGAAGUGUGGCUCAGAGGUGACCACCCCGGAGAACAGCUCCUCCCCGGGAAUGAUGGACAUGCAUGAUGAUAACAGCAACCAGAGCUCCAUCGCAGACGCCUCCCCCAUCAAACAGGAGAACAGCAGCAACUCCAGCCCUGCUCCCGAGCCCAACUCAGCUGCGCCCGGCGAUGGCACCGACACCAAGGUGGACGAGGCCCAGGCCGAUGGGAAGGAGCUCCCUGGGGCCGAAGAUGCUUCCGACGAGCAGAAUUCACAGUCUUCAAUGGAAAACUCGAUGAACAGUUCAGAGCAAGUCGAUCGGCAGCCGUCUGGAGAUGCGGGCCUGGCUGCAGAGACAUCCACAAUCUCUCAGGUACCUCGAUCGAGGUCUCAGAGGGGCAGCCAGCUCGGCCAGGAGCCUGCUGGGGUGUCGGGGGAUCUGGAAGGAGUGCCACCCUCCAAAAAGAUGAAACUGGAGGCUUCGCAACAGAACUCCGAGGAGAUGUAGACGCCGAGUUCAGUCCUCUGAUCCACGUCUCACGGGAGAUCCAUCAGCAGGCUUAGUUGUUGAACAACCUCACCCGAGCAGAUCCCUGUCGGGUGCAAAGGGAACUACUAACUUAACAAGUUUACCAAGUGCAAAUCCAAGAAAACCUAGAACGGCGUAACUUCUCAGACACUGAAGAACUUUCUGCUGUGAAGCAAAACACUCGAAUCUUGAAGUGACUUUCCUGGGGAAGGCGAGGUCGACAGCUCAGGAGCGUCUGGACACUGUCUCUGAAGCCAAGAUUACAUUUGUGUUGCUGCUGUAUUUUUUUUUUUUCCCUCCCCACUCCUCUAUUUAAUGAUAUAAGCUAUUUGAGGGUGGUACUGAUCAGGAAUUCGCUUUUCAUCGGGGCUUUUCACUGUUCAACCAAUAUUCCUUCCGCUUUCUUUUUUCGUGCCUUGUGCCCUUGAGGUGACCUCUGGCAUGUUUUCCUGGUUGUUUUGCGUCUCCCCUUACAAGUGCCCUCUUGGUUCAGUUCAGGCAGCCAUUGCUCCGGUCCUCGAGUCUUUCUCCUCCCUGCCCCAGGACUUCAGCUGGAGUGGACCAGGCAGGGAGAAGGAGAGCUUGAGGCCGCAGAAGAGCAGGACCUCCCCGGCCAUCUGGUUUUCUAGGUGCAGCUGGGAGGCUGCAGAAUACACCCUGAGCCCUGGUUGGGGACAAUGCUAGCCUCCAGGGUCCGAGGAGUCUCAGAUGUCUGGGCAUUGUUCCCAGGCUUGCUUGAGGCAUCUGAACUGGUGUUUCCAAGCCCACAGCUGCCCAGAGGGACAUACAGAGCCCUUGGAUUGUCCUGGCACUUCCCCCCUCAGCCCCUCCCCACCAUGUGGCAACCUCCGACACCUCCGAAGACGGACUGGCUCCUGUGGCUGAUGGCAGGAUGGUCUCCUUAAGGCGAUAAAGGGCCGGAGGAGGCUGGGAGCAGAUGGCAGGAAUAGCUGGUGCUGAACUUUCUCUCAUAGGACGUUGCUUGGAUUUCAAAUCCACAGUCACCUGCUGCCCUAGUCUACCUCCCCAGCUCCACCUGGCCCCACCCGCGGAGGAGGUGAGGUUGCAGUCGGCCGAAAUGCAGAGUCCACCGGCUUUCUGCACACUGUUCUGACUCCUGGAGCCAACAGUUGGAUCGCGUCUCUUUCCCAGGAUGCUCCGAGGGUCCCCACGGGGGAGCAGGCCUUAAGGGUUGGGAACUUGAAGGCCAGAAAUGAGGCCCCCGAGAAACUGGAGAGCUUUGCACUCCUCCAGAAAGGGGGCCCUGGGGUCCCUCCCCCGCCUGCAUCCCCCGCCUGCACUGGGACAGCUUCCUGUCACUAAAACGGAGAAGCACCUCUUCUCCCCACGCCCCCCACCUUGGAUGAACUGCCUCACUCUUUGGUUCUGAGGCCUGGUUUGCUCUUAAUUCCUAUACGGACUCCUCAGACCCUUAACCCUUCUCCUGAGCUUUCGUUACUGCACUGGAGUUCCAACUCCCUUUGAGUUGUGUGAGGGGGGAGGGGGAGGGUUCCGGGUUUUGUUGGUUUGUUUUUUUUUUUCUGUUUGUUUCUUCGUUUUGUUUCUGUUUCAGCCAAUUGGUGCAUAUAUUCAAGUACCACC